ACUCAAGACUCCGACCGUGCAGAACCCUACAUUUGGGUUUUUUAAACCCAUGGCUCCAGUUCCUCUCAGCUUGAAUUGAGCCAAUUUCCAUGAUUUUAAGGUUCGUUUCUUUUCCUACAAAGGAUCUCGAAGUCAAGAAUUAGGGUCUCUGAACUCAGGUACUCUGAGUUGUGACCGAUUUGUAUAGCUCCAGAACAAUUUGCAACAGUUGUGGAAUUAGGGUAUUAAAGCUGAGAACGCCGACUCAGGAUUUCCUAGGGUUUUUUAGUUUGAUUUUUGCGACACCAGAAUUGGGGUUUCUGGAAACAAGAAAACCCGUUACUUUGACUUGGGUUUUUCUUAAGCUAAUUUGCACAGCUCUAAAUUAGGGUUUUUGUUGAUAACAUCGAGCUACUAUUAUUUGGGGCUCUGUUAGGCAGAACUUCAUUGCUAUAAGUGCAUAUUCAAUCAUCGUUCAUUUCUGGAGUCGGGUUUGUUUUGCAAUGGAACCUUCUUCAUCAAAAAGCAAUUUUAGAUGGCUUCCUUCUCUCAAAGUUUGGGCAUAUUCACCGGAGCAGUCUUCCUCGUCCUCCUCUUCUUCAUCAUUAUCUUCAUCAUCAGUUAGGGUUUCCAACUCAAGAAAGCUUAGAAUGAACAAUUGGAUCCGUAUUUCGAAGGCCCUUCAGCAAAAAACCUGCCCCAUUUGCCUUGGAUGCACAGAAGAAUCAGAGGCCGCUGUUCUUCAAUCGUGUAUGCAUGUUUAUUGCAUAGGAUGCAUUAGGAAAUGGAGUGAAAUGAGGAGGAAUUGCCCAUUGUGCAAAAGUGAAUUCAAAGGAUGGUUUUGCAAUAUUAGGACAUCUAGAGUGGGGGAUUACAGGGAAGAAUUUCUUUUGCCGCUAAAAGGGGCAAAAGAGCACGACCAUGGUCAUCACCAGUGGGUCACAAUGGUAAGGGCUCAGCCAGCUUUCAAUCAACGGCAUUCCAGACCUUUACCAUGGCGUCGUUCGUUUGGGCGAUCUAGAUUUGUGCCCCCUAUCGAAAGGCAGAGACGUGAAGCUGAGGUUAUUGCUGAAAGAGUUCUUCGAUGGCGUGCUAGCAUAUAUGAGAGAGGCUUACGAGCAGUACCCCUUUGUUUUCCAUCCAAGCCUUCUUUACAGCAGAAACUGCUUGAAAAUAAUGGCCAAAAAGAACGAAUUCAACGGCGCGUAGAACCUUGGAUACGGAGGGAAUUGGAGGCCAUUCUUGGUGAUUCAGAUCCAUCAGUUCUUGUUCAUCUAGUCUCUUCCCUCUGGAUGUCAAGUCUUGAAGAAGAACUCAAGGCCACAAAAGAUAGCACUGUCGUGAAAAGUAAAUUUGUUCAGCAGUUGAGACCCUUCCUGCAUGAGAGGGCAGAUAUGUUCUGGCAUGAGCUGAGAUUAAACUCCAGACUUGGUUCUGCUUCUUUGUUGUCAAAGCCUGAAAACACAUAGUGGGUAGGUAUAUACCAGUAUCAUGGGUCAAAAAAGCUGAUGAUGGUUAAAUAUUGUUUUUAAAUGGAGCAUUAAAGACUGUUAUACAUGUAACAAAUGGCAUUGCUAUUGGACAUGCACUUAUCUACUAAGCUACAUGUAUGUUAUUGGAGCUGUUGAGGAAGUUCCCUUGCAAGAAGCAAGUGGUAAUAUGGAUGUGCUGGAAGAAUAGAUGAUGUUGAGGUUUGAAAGAUGACAUUUGUCUAGUCUCUAUAAUUCGUCAGUUCUAGUUUAUUGCUUGAUGUACUCUUAGAUAUUUUUUGAUGCCUUUGAAAACAGUUGUUUUCUCUUAGAAAACUAGUUUUUUCCAGACCCUAUUCUUCCCAAAAUAAGGGUAUCUUUAGUUAAAUCUGUUAGGUUGUGGGUAUUUCACUCGAGAGCCUAAAUUUAAGACAUGAAGCCAGAGAUUUUCAGAAAUCUACUUGUGGAUCAAUAAUUAUUUCUAAAAUAUAUUUUCUUUUAGAAAUAGAACAUGUAUGAAGUUCUUAAUCUCAACACAGGAAUACGGUAUGAAAUAACCAUCAUAGACUUCUUUGGAAUGGACCAUGCGUGCAAGAGUAUUAAGUUGGGAUGAGCUAUCCAAUGGAGUGUUUAGUACUGUUGUGACCAAAAUUGCUGAUUCCAUUUUGGGGUAACCAAAGGAUGCACUAUUCCUAAUUUAUUUCUCAAAGAGGGAUGGGUCUAGCUUGGGAUAUCGUGAAAUUACAGUGCAGGUUUUAAUGUUUAAACCAAACUUCUAAUUUAUCAGUCAUCCUAUGGGAAAACUUUUAGUGAAUCAUCCAUUCCAGGCUUAGUUAAACCCUUAUUUUCUGUUGGUGAU